AUGGAUUGGCUGUCCACCAAUCGCAUUCUCAUCGACUGUCGGGAGAAGAAGAUGUUGUUCUCCAACUUAGAGGAGCCUGAGUUGUUGUCUUCCCAUGGGGUUAUGAAGGAAAUCCAGGACAACGCACAAUGCUAUAUGAUCUAUGCCAGGAUAGAAGUUGAGAAGGAGGAAAGAAUAAUAGUGAUACCCGUGGUCUGGGAAUUUGAGGAUGUCUUUCCUGAAGAGGUGCCAAGUUUACCCCCUUGGAGAGAAGUCGAGUUCUCCAAAGACUUAGUACCAGGAGUUGGUCCUGUGUCGAUAGCGCCUUACCGCAUGGCUCCAGCGGAGUUGAUGGAGUUAAAGAGGCAGAUAGAGGAAUUGCUUGAGAAGCAGUUUAUACGGCCAAGUGCUUCGCCGUGGGGAGCGCCUAUUUUGCUAGUAAAGAAGAAAUAUGGUAGCUAA